GCCGGUCAGGAGACGACGCCGGCGGCGGGCGGUGAGGCGCCGCGACCGCCGCCGCCUGUCCACCAGCUGUGGAAGUCAUUCACGCCUAACACAUCGGUCGAGGUGAUGGUGUUGCGGCUCCACCAGCAGAUCAAGGACAUCCGCAGCCACCUGGCGCGCAAGAUGGCCGAGUCCGGCGGCCAGAGCAGCCCUGAGAUCGCCAGGUACCAGGACGAGCUGCGCCGACUGCAGAUGGCGUUUGACGACGCGUCCAAGCUGCAGACCAAGAGAGACAAAAAGAAGCGCGGACCAAAACCAGGUGUCUCGGCCGCCAAGGCCGCCGGCGUCAGCGCCGCGCCGCGCAAGCCGGACGACGGCCGGCCCAAGCCGCCGCCGUCCGGCGCCAGGUCCCCGCAGAAGCAGCCGGCUGGGGAGUCGGCCGCGGCGCCGCUGGAGCUGGAGAAACUGCGCGAGGGCAUGAGCAACUCGGCGCAGCGGAUGCAGGAGCAACGGCAGCAGCAGCAGCAGGACGCGGCGGCGGCGGCGAUGGCUGCUGAGCGCUCCCCGCAGCGGCGCGCCAGCUUCACUGAGCGAAAGCGCUUCCGCGAGAUCAACGAGGCCGAGGUGAACGACGCGGUAGCGUCCAUCAUGGGCGGCGGCGACGUGGCGGCUGACUUCUCGCUCUGCGUUAGCCCGGAGCCGGCGGCUGGCCGGCGCCGCGCCAGCUCCGAGUCGCGCCCGCUGUCGACGCCGACAGCGGCCGACCUUUCGGUGCACCGGCCGAGCGCCGAAAUCAAGCGCAAUUCGCGCUCGGACGAGGAGGCGGCGCGGCCGGGCGCGCCCGACCAGUUCGGCGAGGAGCUCGACUGGGUGAUGCGCGAACUUAUGAGCUUCAACAACCAGCGCAAGGACACCUCGCCCAGCGCCGAGUCCCUGCAGAGUGCGUUCACGCCGUCUCGGUCGGCCGUGAUGGCCGCGUUUGAGGCGGGCGGGCCGCCGUCGUUGCCCAAGCCCCAGUCGCGGCCCGCCUACGACCAGGACCCGUUCGGGGCGGCCAGGACGGGCUGCGGUUCACUGCCGGCACGCUCGCUCGCCACGAGCUGGUCGACGGCGCGGCCGGAGCACCAUGCGCAUCAGGCGCGCGCCGCGGGCCGCGUGGAGCCGGGCUCUCCGCAUGCGGAGGGCCUGAUGGCGCAUUUCACGGCGCGCGCCGAGCCGCAGACGUCGCCGAUGAUGCCAUCGUCGCCGGCGUCGCCGCAAGCUCGCCAGGCUCGGUUCGGGCACGGAGACGUGAGGGAGUCCCCGCUUGGGGCGCGCGGCGGCGCCUUUGUGUCGCACGCCGCCACCCGCCAGGAUCCCCACCUGACCCACUCCGUGUCCCGACAGGAUUCCCAUCCAACCCACUCCCCCUCCCGGCAGGACCCGCACUUGACCCACGCGACGUCCCGCCACGACCCGCACUCGGCCCACGGAGUGACUCGCUCGCACCUGCCAAUGGGCGGCUCUCGUUCGGACAUGCCGUCGCCGCACGCGGUGCCGCGCCACGACCCGCAGCCGGGCCGGCCCUCGUCUCUGCACGACCCGCACCUCGGCCUGGCGACCUCCCGCCACGAGCAGCUCUUCACGCACCCCGUGUCCCGACCAAGGCAGUGCAUGUACCGGCAGGUGGUUUGUCGCGCUAAAUGA